GAAGCAUAGUUUCCUCAUUUGGGUGGUAUUUUUCAAGCUGUCUCAUGCAUCCAACCUGCUACUUUCUUUCCACUUAGGGUUAGGUUUUCAAUUUCCUGGAAUUCUAACAGGCGGUGUUACGGUUGCUGUAACGGAGCAGCUUAUGAGUUUGUAGUUUGAGUUUAGGGUUAGGGUUUCGUUUCUAUUCAGGACGCUUUAAUGUUCUAUUAAUGGCCAACGGGAACCCGCAGCCAGUGCAAAUUCUCCCCUACGAGGGCCAUGAAGAUCAUAUGCAGAUUCCUGUCCAUAUCGAUGACGACGAAGGUGGUUACGAAGCUGACGGUAUUGGUGGUGUUGGUGAUGAUGCCAUGGACGACGUCGAUGAAGUUCAGAUGAAUUCGGGAAACCUUGUCGACCAGAAUGUUGCUUCUAUGUCUUCCCGGACGAGUGAGCUCACCUUGUCAUUUGAAGGCGAAGUUUAUGUAUUCCACGCCGUCACCCCUGAAAAGGUUCAAGCUGUGCUAUUGCUUUUAGGUGGGCGUGAUGUACCUUCUAGUGUGCCUAGCACUGAAGUACCUUAUCAGAGCAAUCGGGUUAUUGUUGAUGCUUCACGGCGUACAAAUCUUUCACGAAGAAUUGCUUCUCUAGUGAGGUUCCGUGAGAAGCGGAAAGAGCGAUGUUUUGACAAGAAAAUCCGAUACACUGUCCGAAAAGAGGUUGCUCAGAGGAUGCAUCGUAAGAAUGGUCAAUUUGCCUCCUUUAAAGAGAACUACAAGGAAGGACUGUGGGAUCCGUCUCAGAGUUCUGUCCAGGUUGAUGGUACUCCUCGACCUGAAAUUGUUCUCCGUAAAUGCCAGCAUUGUGGCAUCAGUGAAAACUCCACUCCAGCAAUGCGUCGUGGACCAGCUGGUCCAAGGUCUCUUUGCAAUGCUUGUGGGCUUAUGUGGGCAAACAAGGGAACUUUAAGAGAUCUCAGCAAGGGAGGAAGGCAUAUUUCUUACGAGCAAGAACCUGGAACACCAAUUGAAAUUAAACCUUUGACAAUGGGAGUUGAAAAUCCCUCUACCAACCAAGAUGAACGGGGGAAUAUUGAAGAUCUUUCAAAAGUAAAUGCAGGAAAUGAGAAUCCUUCUGUCAUCCCUGGUGAGCAGGGAAGCCCAGGAGAAAGAAAGCCUCUACCUGUGGAGACUGGAAAUCCUUCUAUCAGUACUGAUGAGCAGGAAAAUAUGGAUGAUCUUGCUAAUGCUUCAGAAAUUGAGAUUCCUUCCAAUUUGGAUGAGACGACCGAAGUCGAGGCCUGCCAUAUGGUGACCAAUGGUCAGGGAUUUGAUGUCUUUUCGAAUGGCCAUGGCCCCAAACCUUAAUUGUGUAGUUGCUUUGUGAUGGAAGGCGCUCUGCGGUAGCUACUGACAUAAGAUUUCUGGAGAUGGGUUGUCUAUAAAAUGCUAGGAUCCUAUUUGUGUAUUGAGUUAGAAAUAAUCCGAUUGUUCAAUAUAUGGUCGAUUUUCUAGCUUUGUGGUUCUCCAAUUGAAAUUUAUUGGAAUGGUGUCCCUUUAGAUUC